GGCACGUCAGCAAUCAUUUGUGCUAUUUGACAUUGUGAUUAGAAAUAGUUUUAGAAACUAUUAGUGAAGUGAAGUGAUUAAUUGAACGAAUAACAAUUUAUGAACGGACGGAAUUUGUGUAAAAAGGAUAUGGCGGCAUCUCAUAUUCUUAGUGCUGUGGAACCCACAGUGGGGGGAGGCGGUACACGAGGUGGGCGUGAACGGGAAGUCAACGUUGCUCUUGAUGACCGGGACCUGUGGGUCCGAUUUCAGACGCUCACCAAUGAAAUGAUUGUUACCAAAAAUGGCCGACGAAUGUUUCCCGUAGUAAAAGUAACGGCUAGCGGAUUGGACCCUACGGCCAUGUAUACCGUUCUACUUGAAUUUGUACAAGUUGAUAGCCAUCGCUGGAAAUAUGUUAAUGGAGAGUGGGUUCCCGGCGGAAAGGCGGAAGUGCCGCCCUCUAACGCAAUAUACAUACAUCCUGAAAGCCCAAAUUUUGGCGCGCAUUGGAUGAAGGAGCCGAUAUCGUUCGCUAAAGUGAAACUCACGAAUAAAACCAAUGGAAAUGGCCAGAUAAUGCUGAAUUCCCUUCAUAAAUACGAGCCAAGGGUCCACCUAGUAAAGGUCGGCACAGAUCUCCGUCGAAUCAUGACAUAUCCAUUUCCUGAAACGCAAUUUAUCGCCGUAACUGCGUAUCAGAACGAGGAAGUGACGUCACUGAAAAUAAAAUACAAUCCAUUUGCAAAAGCAUUCCUGGAUGCAAAAGAGAGACCUGAGGGCUAUUACCAGAGGGACUUUGUUGGUACUCACUACCCUCAACAAAGCUCUUCGCCUCACCAGUACCCACAAUUUGGAGGCUGGUUUGUGACAUCACAGCCAUUAUAUGGAAGCGGAAAUUCAGCGUCUAGGAGGCCAGCACCAUAUCCGCCACGCCCUCCUUCGCGGCCGCGAACUUUGUCGCCUCCCUCUACCUACAGCACCGCAGAGCGAUCACCAGUCGCUACAAAUAGCAGUUACACCUGGGCUGGAAGUAGCAGUUACUGGAGCUCGCAAGGAAACAGUUCACCUCAACCCAAUACCUCCCCAGUACCCUAUAGAACGCCCCCACACGCAUACCCUGCCCCCAUAGAAUAUUCGGCCCCCACGACAACGGCACCGGCGUCAGCACCCGCCCCCCUCUACCCGCUACAGUACGACGCGCCAAGCCAGCAUCAUUCACCAUACUACCAACACGCAUACGCUCCAUACGCUCAUCACGCUAUUGAAGAUAUUUCGUAUUGGCCGAAUAGUUUGAACAGCUACGGAUACCAACCGUCUGAAUACGUGGGUACCGGAGAAGUAGCGUAUGCCACAGAAGGCAUGCCUUUCGGAAGCGGUGCCCCACUUGAAGCGAGCAGUAACCAGGAGGAACGAUCUACCCCCCAAGGCACUGAACAUCAGAGUGCCGACCGUGAAUAUAAAUAUAAUACUGAAGAGGAUCGACAUUCGCCCUGUGAAAAUACAGCUUUACCCUCGCGUUCGCCACCCCAAUGACAUGCUUUAGUGAAAUAAAAUACUGUUUAACACGUGUGUUAAGUCCUGAUUGUUACUCAAAUCGAUUGAUUCUGAUUGUUAUUUAGAUCUGUGAUUGUCCGAAGAUGCAUAAUAGACCAAUUGCCCUGGGUAAAGUGAAUUCUAUAAUAGACAUUUACAAAAUACGGUGGCUCGGCAAUGCGAUACAUAAAUUUUAUAUAUCUGUAUCCAAGACAGUUAGUCAUUGCAAUCUGUGCUUUCCAACGGCAUUUUAGAGAUUAAAUUCAGUUUAAGAUGCAUUGAAUACGUCAAUCAAGUCAGAGCAGUUAUCUGUAUUUACCUAUAAUAAUGUUUAUUCCUGCCUGCUUUAAUACAUUUUCUGUUCAGUUCUUGAUUCGUUAUUGUAAUACAUUGUAUAUAAAUCGAGUUCAAAACCUUUCCUACGGGAUAUCUCAGUUUUAAUACGAAAAACGCUUGGUCAUACUGUUAAAAAAUAAAAUAACAUAUGCCUUUAUUUCAUUCGUAGGUAUAUGUUUCAUGUAAAUAAUAAAUAUUGUUCC